CCUCACGAUCUAAUAUUGUUCAUUGAGCGAAUCCAAAAACAAGACAACCGCCUUGUCAUCUCAUCAUCAGUAGAAAUUCCAUACAACGUGGAAAUGCCGUACGAAGUUGAGGCCGGGAACGCGAAAGCGGCUGGAAUUAUCAGCAUUCUCAUUCUCAUUUUUGCGUUGUUGGACACUGUAGUCGGAUUCGUAUACCUUGGGUACGGCGCGAGAGAUGGAUACGGCCUUUGGACUGGGUUCUUGCUUCUUGCCACUGGUGUUGUUGGAGUCGUGACAUGGGUGAAAAGGAACAAGACCGCGAUGAUCUUUUUCCUUAUUGGUUGUAUCCUUGGUGUGAUCGUGUGUGCUGUGCAAGCGAUUCUAAGCCUGAUCGCUUUCUUCAUUUGGCAAGCUAUCAAGGACAUCGUGAAUUCCAGCUGCGAAAUUCGAAAUGGAUAUUGCCACUGCUCCGGCAAUGAUGUGCCGAUACAAGUGACUGACUGUUCUUGGAUCACCACAUUCGAGGUCUUGUUUCUUCUAUUCGUCAUUAUCAACGCCGCUGCUUCUUUGCUCGCGUUUGCGGGCUCAAUUGUCGGAUGCAUUGGUACAUGCUGCGCCAAGUCACCGGCACAGGCACAACCAGGAGUCGUGAUGGUCCCACAGUCAGGCGUGAUCAUACAGCAAGGGGGAUUCCCCCAGGGGGGCUACUCUGCUCAAGGGGGGUACCCUGCUCAAGGGGGGUACCCUGCUCAAGGGGGGUCCCCUGCUCAAGGGGGGUAUCCACCACCGUCAUACUCAUCCGAUAUCCCACCCAAGGAUGGCAACAUUCAAUAAGUGCAAAAAUGUCAACCGCUUGUAAGCAACGCAAUCGCUAUGCAAUCCUAGAAACUAUAUUCCUAGAAUGAUAUAUAAGAGCACCUGCGUAUAAUUACAUUCUUAAAUAACUUUAAUGCCCAUACAGAGUGACUUUUUAAUAACGUAUAAUUCUACAAAAAGCGCCGCUUUAUACUACGCAGAUUAUCAGCAACUUUGGUAAGCUUUGUUUCAAACAACCUAAUCAACAAUAACGUUUUCUUAGCUAAGCCUUGACACAAUAAAAGCCUUUUCACA